AUGACAAUUCUAAGCACUGAUGUGGAUCUUUUUUCCGAAGCAGCAAAACUUCCAUCUGAAGUUAUUACUAUAAUUGUUGAUCAUUUACCCAAGUGUAUUUUACCAGAGUUAUUGCAUUUUCCACCGAUUAGAAGGGAAAUCGCAUCUACAAUUCUAUCAGAUGUAUACAUUACCGAAAAUGUUCAAAGACACAAGGGUAGUGACGAGCUACUUGUUGGACAUUCCCUGUGCGAUUGUAGCCACUUCAAAAUCAAACUCAUUAAGUUGAAACAAGGCAUUACUCAAUGGAAUAUAUACCCAAAAACUAUACAUUUGGAGCGUAUAGAACAAUUUACAAAUGUUUCAAACAAUUUUCCAGAACUUUUAACAGAGGCUCUAAGUAUUAAUGGUAUUUUCUUUGGUAAAGAAGUUUUAGAAUCAAACGAGUUGACAAAAUUCUUAGAAAACUCCAAUAUAAAGUUUGAUAUGAUAAUAUUGAAUGACUUCCAGGACCUAGUAAAAAUACCUCCUGUGGCCACAACUAUUCUGUUAUUUGACACUCUAUUGGAUAAUUAUAAUAUUCCUGAUGUCAAGAAAAUAGACAUAGAAAUGAAAUCUCGUAGUAUGGAUUCUGAAUUUUAUGAUUUUCCAAUUGACAUGGACGAAUUACAAAUUAAAGGUGAAAUGUUGUUUCAAGCGACCUUAAUUCCAAAUUUGCGGAAAUUAUGUAUCACGGCAGAAUACUAG